GAAAAGGCUAGUGCGAAGGGAGAGUUACAAUCAUGGAUUAAUGUUAAGUUUACGCGCUUUUAACCCCUUAAAACAGCGUUUUCCCUUUUCAGCUGGACCCCCGACCACCUUCUCCUGUGAGGACGGCGUUUCCUGAAGGUGAGGUAAUGAAGCGCGGUCUGCGGGUUGGUGACCUGGUUGGUUCUUUAACCCCGGGACUCCGUCCACUGGAGGGAAAGUCAUUCUAUCUGGACGAGGUGAAGAGCCGCCCAUCAGGCGUCAUCACUGAGAUCAUUGGUCGCCUCGGAGGGAAAGUGGAAAGUUUCCUCCACAAAGAUGUGAAUGUAGUCAUCACUGGCAACAGAGAGGCCCUCACUGACGGGCCAUUGGAGCGCUCUCCAGCUGCAUUAGGAAAGGCCAAAGUCGAAGCUGUUUCUUCUCCUCACCUUCAGAGAGAGAGUGGGAAAAAUGCCCAGCGCCCAGGGACCCCAAGACCACCAGUGUGUGGUAGCCGUGGGAAGGCCUUGCUGGAGAAAGUCAUCCGCAAUAAUGAGAAGACUCAGGGCAGUGUGCUGACCAGUGCUCGCUCCUGGGGAGUGAAGAUAGUGGGUGUAGACCAUUUCCUGAAGUUUGUAGAUCAGCUGUCUGCUGAACUGUCUGCUCAGAAAAGCAAGAAAAUUGAGAAGAAAGCAGGUGAAUCUUCAGGGCCGCGUGUUGUCAAAGCAGGUGUUCUUAAAGCUGACUUCCUGAAAGUAGAGGACUCCAGCAGAAAGUACAGGCCACUGCAUGCCCAGUCUCUGAGUUUCCCCACCCUGAGAUACAUGGGCAGGUUUAGUCCUUUUGAGCCUCCCCCACCACCACGGCCUGAGAAAAGAAAGGAGGGCGAACUCAGCAAGGACAAGCUCAGGAAGAGCGAAGAACCCAUCAGUAGCUAUGAUAAACCCUCAGCUCCACUUCCACAAACACCUUCUCCCAAACGCCCACGCAAAAAGAGCUUGGGCUACUGCGAGUGCUGCCAGAUAAGCUACAAAGAUCAGGAUGAGCACUUGCACUCGGAUCUCCAUCGUCGCUUUGUGGAGGACAUUACCAACUAUGCUGUUGUAGACCAGUUGGUGGCUGGCUUGGUUGCUGAUUUUUUGUGUCGUCAGGAUCAGCAGGAUAACAAACAUCUAAUGAGGUUGUCAAGCUGCUCUCCAGCACCUUUAACAUAUUCUGCAGAGAUGGAGCUACAGACCAAAAGUGAAACAGAAGGAGUCCCCCAGACUACUUUGAACCACAGUUCUGAUCAGCUUUCAGCAAACAUAAGUGUGGGCACUGUGAAUGUCAGACAAAGCUUUGGGCCUGUUUAUGAUGUGCCACUUCAGCUGCAGGAACCUGGCUUAGAUGCAUCACUUCAACCUUCCAUUGAAGCCAAGUCUGUGGAUGAUAAAGUAAAUGGCCAUCUAGUCUUAGAACCUAAACCUGAAACUCCUAUUCCCGAUCCCUGCCCAAAGGACAUUUCUUGUGCAAUUCCGGACAAUGAACCUCUGCCACAAAUUCCAAGCUAUGUUUUGUAUACUCCAGAGAGGGUUGGGUUGGAUGAUCUCGAAGCCAAUACUGCAAAGGAUCCGGCACAGAUUGACCGUGCCUGUCCAGGACUUUUACCUAGCCCAGGUCUUUCACUGCUGCCAAAUCAUGAUGAGGAUAAGUGUUCGUCAGCUUCCUCAAACAGUCCCAAACGGCAGCAUAGUGAUUGCCAUGAUGGAGAAGCUGCUGUUGAUGAGCAAGGAGACAUCCUGAUGGUGGGGGAACACACAGAUUUACCUUCAAAUAUAAAUUUGACAGAAAGCACUGAGAGAAAGCCCUUGGUAGAUGUCUCCUCUUGCUCUGCAUCAUCUUGUUAUUCCAUGAACCUGUCAGCCAAAGUGAACCCUAGAAAACGUAGCAGGUCCUUCACCCUCAGCCCCAAGGUUUCCAAGAAGAUGAGGACUAACCAAUGGUCAGAUCCCACCCAUGAGAACAGUGCUGUCAGUCUAACAUAUGAUUAUGCACCAUUUGUUUGUUCUGGACUGCUGUCCAUGGCAGAGAAAUGUGAUAAUGGCAAGGAGGCAAAUGACUCUGUUAAAUGUAAACUUGUAACUUGCAAGCAAGAUUUGCUGCCUGAUCCUCUUUCGGUAGGACAGGUUUAUUCCCUCACAAACGUAGCUAUUCCAGAGGAUCAUCCAUCUUUCCAGCAGGAUCAACACAAGAACUGUGGGAUUCCUGAUGACCGGGUAACAGAACACUACCCAAAUGGGGCACCCCAGUCGGAAUCCUGUGUUGCUGGUGAUGAUAAUGGUGAUCGAUCAUCAGAAUUGGGUCCCCCUCAACUGUACCCAUUUUACCAUGACGAUAUCUACCAGCAGCAACUUUCUUUUCUUGACCCUCCAAAUCUUGUCCCUGCCAUACUGUUUCCUUCUCUUCCUGAAAAAGUUGCCCGACCUCUUGCAAGUCAGGCAUCCAGCGCUUCCCUUCUUUCCCAGUCCUGUUCUUCUGUUUGCAUCGAGUCUGCUCUCGUCCCAGACUUUACCUUUUCCCCCACCUCUUCCGAGUCAGACUGGGAUUCCGGCCUACUGUCCCGCUUGGCACCUGCAGUCCACCUCCAGCCCCGAGAAGGGCGCUGUGAGCUCGACCUGGGACUGUUGCUGCAGAGGUCAUGUGCCGGAGUGCAGGAUGGAAGCUACGCAUCGCAGUUGUGUUCUGUGCUGCAGCCCACCAUCCCCUCUUCCACAGGUUUUGGAGACACAGUGAAUCUAAAUACUCUCUACAGACCUAUCGAAACGACGGACAGACGGAUAAUUCAGAGUCUGGGAGUGUAGUUUGUGAAACUGAAUCCAUCAUGACAUACCUUCCCUAAUGCUAAGGCACAUGCCGGAUAGACCUUCUUCUCUUGUAUUAUGGGUGCUCUCUCAUCUCGCUGUUUCAUGGGCUUGAGGAACCCUUGCAGAAUAGGAAACAAG